GCUCGGAUAGCGCGGUGUGGGCAUGGCAACCUUCCUGCGCUGUUUCCCAGUUUAGUUCUGGGUGUAGUACAGUUUUAGGUCUCGCUUCCGUUGAGGUUGUAGGCAGCUGUCAAAGGAAACAAAGUUGGAUUUUCUUAAACACCAACGACCGCCGCUAUGUCCAACAACAACGCCAGCAGCAACUUAGUGAUCGCCCAGAGAGCCGUGAAGCAGCUCCGGUUAGAGGCCAGUACCCGGAGGAUCAAGGUGUCCCAGGCUGCCACCGAGCUGAAAAACUUCUGCAUUCAGAAUGCCAACAAGGACCCGCUCCUCAUGGGGGUCCCGUCCAGCGAUAAUCCCUUCAGACCCCCAAAGUCCUGCUCACUGUUCUGAGGUAAGACGACUUUUAAGACAUUAAGUGGCGCUUU